GAACAGAUCCCGAAGGAGCCAGGCUGGCCGGACCGGUGUUUUGCCGCCUGGAGGGUGAUCCCCUCCCUGCCGCAGGCAGGACACCUUCGGGUUCCCCCGGCGUUUCCCAAAGCUCCCACAACCUGACCUACUUCCUCGGCCGCCUGUGCCGGGAGGAGCCGGUGCGGGGCUCGGCCAAGCUGCUCCCCAAUGCCGGGGGCUGCAUGAGCAUCCACUCCUCUGCCGCACCACCAUGGGAACAUCCAUGUCCCCCAUCCCUGUGCACGCCCCGUGGCACCGCAGGCAUGCCAGAUCCUUCCAGAGGAUCUGGUGCCCUUCGUGGGGUGCCGAUGCCCGGAGCAGGUGCUGGGCUCGCAGAGGGAGGUGACAGCGCAGGCCGGGAGCUGUCAGACAGUGCUGGUACUGGGCUUUUCUCUAAUUCUCCAUGGCAGCAGCACAGGGUCCUGUGACCUGUGAGCCCGACACCCGUGUCCUCGGCACCUACCUCUCCUCGGAGCCUGUCGGCGUCGUUGGCAGCAUGGGCAGCGUGGGCAGCCUAGUGGAGAAGCAGGAUCUGUCCCCUCUGGAGCUGCGGGCCCCGCUGGGGGGCUCACGGGGGCUUCGGCAGCCCGACGGCUUGUUGCGGAAGGGGCCGAGCCAGCGGGAGCUCUUCGGGUACCUGCACGGGGCCAAGAAGGAGAUGCGGUCGGAGCGGAAGCACCAGACGUCAGGCGCCUGCUACAAGAGGGACUACGAGAGUGACCGCGAGAACCGAUCCCCCGAGCGCUGCUCCCGGGAGCAUCACCGUGGGGCUGACUUCUCCAAGAGCUCCCUGCCAGAGCGGGGCCGCUUUGACAAGUGCCGUAUCAGGCCCUCGGCCUUCAAGGCGGUGGCUGGGAAGGGGCUGGUCUCCAUGCAGGGCCUGUCCUCGUCCAAGGGGCAGAAGUUGUCCAAGAGCAACGGGAGCCUGCACACGCUGCUGUCACAGAGCAGCACAGCAGCCCCACAGCACGGCCCGCUCCGCACCCACCUGCUCCACGCCAUCAGCCUGGAUGAGGCCUCCGACUCCAGUCACAACUCCAUCCAGAGCUUCCCAUCAUACGGCUCCCGCCUCAAACCUGCCCAGAGCCAGUUCAGCGCCUCCAUGGGCCACAUCAACCACAUUGGAGGCUCCUUGGACAGGGUCUCCCGGAGCCCCAGGGACCCGCUGGCCCCUGAGAAGGUGCCCCUGUCCUGCAAAAGCAUGGCCACGCUGAGCCGGCUGCAGAGCCCCGGCGAGCCCCCGCCACCCUAUGAGUUCUCCUACUCGCUGGAGGACGCGGUGAAGCAGCUGGAGGAUCGGCUGCAGGAGACAGGAGGAGAGCUGCGGCAGCUCAAGAGGAGUCUCAGCGAGACUGAAGACCCCUUCACACAGGUGUUUGAGGACAAGCAGCGGCUGUGGCUGGACGAGCUGGAGGACCUGAAGCAGAUGUACAUGGCCCGGCUGCAGCAGGUGAUGCAGCAGGCGCAGCGCGGGCAGCGGGCGCUGCAGCUGCAGCUCUACAAGGCACAGCAAGAGAAGAAGCGGCUGCAGGAGGAGCUGAGCCUGCAGCAGUGCCAGUGUGAGGAGCCCAAGCUCCGGCAGCCCCAGGGAGAGCGUGGCAGCCCCAAGCUGGAGGAGACCAAGUGGGAGGUGUGCCAGAAGGCAGCAGAGAUCUCCCUGCUGAAACAGCAGCUCCGGGACACCCAGGAGGAGAUGGCUCAGAAGCUGGGUGAGAUCUUCAGCCUGAAGACGCAGCUGCGGGAGGCCAAGGCGGAGGUCCAGGCCAAGGACUCCCAACUGGCACAGCUGGCAGACUCCUUCCAGAGUCCCCCAGAGCCCAGCACCUCGAUGCCUCUUGGUGAUGACCCCAUGCCAUCGUGCCAGGACUUCCCUGGCUGCGAAACUGAUGACUCCAAGUGCCGUGGCCUCCACAGCGACACGGCGGAGCCCCUGGAGCGGCAGGUGGAGUGGCUGUGGGCAGAGCUGCUGCGGGAGCGGCGUCAGGGCCAGCUGCAGGCUGUGAACUUUGAGCUGGAGAGGAAAACCUGGCAGGAGGAGAAGGAGAAGGUGCUGCGGUACCAGCGGGAGCUCCAGGCCAGCUACAUGGAGAUGUACCACCGGAGCCAGGCGCUGGAGCGGGAGCUGCGACAGCUGCGGUCGGAGCCCAGGGAUGUUGGGACUGACUCGCCUUGGAUCGAGCGGGUGGAGUCCUCGAAGAUCUGAGGGAUGGGAUGCCAGUGGGACUGUGAAGGGGGAACAUCUCUUGCUGCUGCAGCGGGACGAUCUCAGGGUGUGCACAAGGACUGGCCACUUGGCACUGCUCUGGGCCGAAGGACUGAUUGCAACAGGGGAGCUUUUCCUUCUUGCAGCGCUUCAGGCCCUUCUGGUGGGGGUCU